AUGAACCCGCAUACCUCGUCUAUAUCCCCGUCUUCAAACCUACCAACAAUUGAGGCUACAGCCCCUUCACAGCAAACCCUCAUUUCAUCGUUAACUUCAAGUACAGUCGCUCAAGCCCCAAAUUCGGGCGCCAAUAGUAAUGUGUUGCUUGCUACAGCUAUACUUUCAGUCAAAAAUCGUUCAGGUGACUUCGUUCCAUGUCGUGCUAUUCUCGACUCGGCCUCUCAAAUAAAUUUUGUAACCGCUCGCUUGGCAAAUAUGCUGCAACUUCCAUUCAAACAAUCUGCAAUUUUGAUUUCCGGUAUCGGCGAAUCAAACUUUGUUGCCGACAAAGAGAUUGACGUUUUCGCACAGUCGCAAGAUAAAGGCUACAACACUUCGUUCACUGCUGUGGUCACACCCAGUAUUACAGAUUAUCGGCCUAACUUCAGCCUUUCUUCGGAAUGGAUAAUACCGUCAAACAUCAAUCUAGCAGAUCCAUUAUUCUUUAAACCCCAGCGCAUUGACUUGCUCAUCGGCGCGGCUGAGCUCAAGGCGCUAAGAUUUGACAAGAAACUUAAUUCGUCAAGUAAGCUACACUCAUUAAAUCCGUUUAUCGACUCAUUUGGGCUUCUUCGUGUUGGAGGACGUCUGCAAAAUUCUUUAUUGGACUUUGAAGCAAAACAUCCACCUUUGUUGCCAAAACAUCAUCCGGUCACAAACGCAAUAAUUGACCACUUUCAUCGCAAAUAUCUACACGCUGGACCGCAGAGCGUACUGGCUUCAAUUCGGCAGCAAUAUUGGCCAAUUGGCGGACGCAAGACUGUUGCUAGCGUUAUAAGUAAAUGCAUUCGUUGCUUCCGUUUGAAACCAAUCAUCUAUGAGCAUAUCAUGGGAAGCCUUCCAGCCGACAGGGUUCAGGCUAACAGAACAUUUUUCACCACUGGCAUCGACUAUUGUGGACCAUUUUACUACAAGUCGGAAGUUCGCAGCAGGCCACCCAUUAAAUGCUACAUAUGUGUUUUUGUCUGCUUCAGCACGAAGGCUUGUCAUCUGGAGCUUACUCAGGACCUUUCUACAUCAUCGUUUUUGGCAGCUUUGAAAAGAUUUAUUUGCACAAGAGGCAAACCACACACCAUUUGGUCGGACAAUGCAACGAACUUCGUUGGCGCUAAAAACGAGUUGCAAGAGUUAAGUCAAUUGUUCUCAAGCAAUUCCCAUAACACUGAAGUCACUAAUCAAUGCAACUUGGAAGGCAUCUCUUGGAAAUUUAUUCCGCCUCGUUCACCACAUUUUGGAUUAUGGGAGGCGGCUGUUAAGUCAGCGAAAUUUCACUUUCUCCGCACUGUUGGCCUCUCAAUCCUGACAUUCGAAGAGCUUCGUACUCUUGUAUGUGAAAUCGGAGCAAUAGUUAACUCUCGUCCACUUUGUCCAAUUUCAGAGAAUCCAGAUGAUCUCAACGUGCUCACGCCGGCUCAUUUUCUCAUAGGUGCGCCAUUUACAUCCGUCGUUGAACCAGACGUAACCGGCCUCGAUAUCAGUCGCUUAAGCCGAUGGCAGCAUGUUUGUCAUAUGCAGCAGGUAUUUUGGAAAAGGUGGAGCAGUUCUUAUCUCUCACUGCUGCAAGAACGAGUUAAGUGGCGAAAAUCAACUGAAAUUGUUCAAGUUGGAAAUAUGGUCAUUUUGAAAGAAGAAAACCUUCCACCACUAAAAUGGCGACUAGGACGCGUGGAGAGUUUAAUUCGCGGCGCCGAUGGUGUGGCUCGUAUCGCCAUCAUCUACACUGCCAAUGGAUUAGUCAAGCGAGCUGUAGGAAAAAUUGCUGUGCUCCCUAUUGAAACUGAAGCGGUUGGAGACUUACACCUUCCAACGGGGGGAGGAUGUUCGCAGCAGCACUAA